GGAUUAUCAAUUGGUCCCAGAGCUCUUCUUGUCCGACUGAACUUGCUGGAUAUCGCACCGAACUGCAAUAAUGUUUUCAAUGAGACUAUAAUCGGAACAAGAUGGAAGUCAGAGAUCAGGCCUUUCAGCAGUUGAAACCCGCCUGCGUUAAAUUAAGCGAGUCGGCGCUUAGGUUCAUGAGCAAGACCAGCAAAGAUGCACAAGAAGUCACUACAGAUCUCAAUCAGUUGCUCAAAGUGUUACGCGCAGUCUCCAUCGAAAAAAAUUCCUUGAACAAUAAACUAGCGGAAUAUGUCUUCUUUCCACUCUCCAACGUUCUUAGGUCGCUUGAGAAGCUACCACUACACGCUCGUGAGCUUACAUUCGAUUGCAUUCUCAUACUUCUGCAACAUGCGUGGUCGAGAAAUAUUGCACCAGAACUUGGUAUGCAACUUCUGAUUCUUUAUUCAUUUGUUGCCGAGCAGGAUUCUACGAGCAAGUCAGAGGAGCUACAAACCACGAUUUUCAAAUCUUUUGCUAUUGUGUUUACUGCCCUUGGGGAGAGCCUGGCGAAUGCACAAAACAUUCCGCACCUGGGGAAAGCCGUAUCACUUAUCUUGGAGAGGGGCGUUUUAGGUGGUGGCUGCGAAGAAGUCCAAGUUGCUGCAGUCGUUGCUCUCAAUGCUUUUGUCCGUGCUUUAGGCCCUUCAAACCGAGAUGCUUUGGGCACAAGCUUCUUACCUGGAAUCGUUAGUGGCCUUGCGAAAGUGCUGAGUGGAGGCACUGGUAAGAAAACGUGGUCAAUUGCCAGCGCGGAAGCGUUACGUCUUUUGACAUAUAUUUUUCCGUUAUUGUUUGGAGACGCUUUCGUUCAGAACUUACCGGAUGAGGAUGAGAAAGGAUUGAGCAAGAAAUGGGCAAAGGCGACAGCUGGACAGAUCAAGAUGGCACUAGCUAACAUCAUGAAACUUCAGAUGCAUGACAGGCAGAAUGUUAGGCUUGCUCUAGGCGAACUCUGCGUAGCAAUACUACGAUACUGUCCAGUUUCUUUAGCAGAUAGCGUGAGCAUGGUCCUAGAAGCGACUUUGACACUGGCAACGCAAGAGGCCCGUCUUGAAGCCGAAUUGCGACACCUCUUGACGACGCAAACGGAAUUCGCAGAAACUCUGCAAUCAAGUCUGCAUUACUGGAUCAUGUCUUUGCCCCGGCUUAUGGAUUCAGCUGAUGAGACGAAGAAACACCGGCGCAUUCACCAGAUCACUCUUUCCUUUCGUUUAUUGAAGGAUCAAGGCCUUGACAUGAGUGUGAUCAAUAGAGAUCUUGCAAUCAAUUUGCGAGAUAGCACCGCAGGCGCGAUCAAAAACCCGAAUCAAGACAUGAAAAAGUCUACCGUAUUCGAAGUCACCGUGCCCUUAUCGCUUGAUCUUAUACGGACUUCGAGAGCGCCCGAGUCCAGCACCGCUACUUUUGAAAACAUCAUUGCUUUGCGUAAAGUUCAAAUUGACACAGUUAACGACCUGGCUGCUCUUACGCGGGAAAUUAGCACAUACGAUUCGUCUCUCUCCGCAGCUCAAGACAUAAUCAUGUCCAUCUACAGCUGCACUGGAGAUCUCCAGAUUGCAAGCUUCUGGCUUGUCCUCAACAUGGUCCGAGAGGCAAUAACUUCUCCAGGAGCAACCAUAGACGACUUUUUCACCUUUGGAAAUGGCUCAUCUGAUGCCAAGAAAGAACUCCUUGAGCAGCUUUACGAUUUUUCUAUUUCAACAUUAUCAGAUACCCCCGGAGCUAAGGAAACGGACUGGCGGCUGCAAGCACUCGCGCUGGAAACUGUGGCGCUACAGGCGACACAAUUGAAAGAAGCUUUUCGUGGGGAGCUCAUCGAUACUCUUUACCCUGUACUGCAUUUCCUUGGCUCUGGGAACUCAUCGCUUCAAAACCAUGCUAUGACUACUCUGAACAUCAUUACACGUUCUUGUGGCUACUCCAACUGUUGUGACCUCAUCGUUGAUAACGUUGACUACCUUGUCAAUGCGGUGGCUCUGCGUCUUAACACCUUCGACAUAUCGCCACAAGCGCCGCAAGUACUGCUCAUGAUGGUGCGUUUAGCUGGCCCUACCCUCCUUCCGUAUCUCGAUGAUACGGUGGAAAGCAUUUUUGCUGCGCUGGAGUUCUUCCACGGUUAUCCGAAGUUGGUGGAUCUAUUGUUCAAGGUUCUGAAGGUUAUUGUAAACGAAGGUGCUAAGGCAGAUCAGCUAGCCAUUACGGAUGGUCGACAAGAAGGUGAUUUCAGAAAAAACAGGCAAGAAGUUACGUCGAUCGACCGACUGGUUUCCUUAAUUCACGAAAUGCGCCAGCGAUCUGCAAGCAAAAAUGGAGAUGAAGACGGAGCCGAGAAAUUCCCUCGCAAGCCGUGGGGAGAAAAGAGGAAGGAUGAGAUGGAAGAUGGCGAUUAUGAUGCCGCAAUUGAAGAGCCCGAAGAUAAACCGCCAGCUCCACGGACUUACGCGAUCCUCUUGAAUAUAUCCAGGUUGACGCAGCAUUACCUAACGGUGUCUUCUUCGGACCUACGAAAUUCCUUGUUAGAUCUUCUUUCGGUAGCGAUUCCUGCGCUUGCAAGGCAUGAAAACUCUUUUUUACCACUUAUACAUACACUUUGGCCUGUUUUACUUCCACGAAUCUCGGAUGCAGAACCAUAUGUUGUGUCUGGGAGUUUGCGUCUUAUUGGUUUAUUUUGUAAAUAUGCUGGGGACUUUAUGACUGGAAGGAUAGAAGAGGCUUGGCCGCAGAUCCGCAAAAUAUGGAAAACCAGAACGGGUCGAGCUGGAAAUCCGGGGUCGCAGACGAAGCGUGCAGGCGAAACUUCAAACUCCAUAUCUUUUUCUUCAAUCGCCACUUCUGGGGGGACGAAGAAGAUGACUCAAGAAGGAACUACACAGCCGCAUUAUGUCGACGCACCCUCAAGGAUCAUCUGGGAUGGUCUCGUUUGCAUGCUAGUCGAUAUUGUCACUCACACAGCAAUAAAUGAUGCAAUAUUCGACGACGUGGUGGAGAUGCUUUCGCCAGUUCUCACAUCAAAACCAGAAGUAUACAAGGCUCUUGAAAUGAGGAACGCUGACGCUGUAUGGCUUGCCUUGUUCAGGCUUGACCGGGAACAGCUCCAGAGAUCACAGGUCGGUGUCGAUUUGGCCGAAGAUUUUGAAUUGACUGUAACACAGUCAAAUAAACUACUGGCUACUUCUGAAUACAAUUGGGCUGCGCUGCGCUGAAGCGGCUUAACUCUUCGCCUCAUCCAACCUUGCCAAAUCAGGCUUAUUUCCGGAAUUGAUCAAGGCCCUAAAGCGAACAUUAACCGUCUCUAUAACCUGCAGCUGCACUACCACAAUUUUGAAAGUGAAGAAUGUUGUUUGCGCGAACCGCCGUUUGUGUGACGUCUUUGUCCGCAGUCUAUGGCGCGAUGUGGCUCAUCACAAACAUGGGACAACAUGUUCCGUCGGACGAAUCUUCUUAGUAACGACAAUCAAUUGCGACCUUGGCACAAGGAGGCAGGGCGAUGAAAUACAAUAUGUAAAUGAGGCAGACGAGUGGGUAACCUUCCUCAGGAAGCCCGUCACGCGCGCUCUGCAAAGGAUAGAACGAGCACUUCGAGAUAGCUCAGGAUAUAAAUCAGACAUUGGCGAAGUUGACAGCAAGUUCCUUGCAUAGUUUCUUACUCGGGCAUUUCCACAAAUUUUUCCACAAUUGAGUUAUAUCACCGAAAGGACAAAGCUGAAGGACCAAGCUGACGACAAAUUUAUUCUACAUUUGCGUUUGGUGUUAGAUACGGACUUGGGAACAAACGGCACUCAUCUCCGUCUCUGAUGUGCUUCCACGAAUACACACAUUUCCAGCUCUGCCCUCACGAUCCUCCGUGCGUGGCCAUGCACACUCACCAGUGUGGAAGAUGCGACAAUCCAAUGCUUUUGAUCUUCUGUCCAGCAUACGACACAAAACGAGUGGUAAAGAAUGACGUAUGUCCUAAUUUGGGCAUUAUACCAGUUCCUCGUGCUGCCGAGGGACGUGGUGGGUUGACUGGUUCCAUGACGAGAGGUGUUGGCAGGCAUGAGUAGUAUUUCCGGGUAGCAGCUGCAUGCGUACGUGGAAGAUGAUGUAGUCUUGAUUUGAUGCAUUGAAGAAUUAUCAGAUCCAUAUGAGCUUCGGAGGCACGUGGCACGUGCUUGCAGAUCGUUACAUUGACCAUUACUGCCAAUGCUUUUCGCAUUAGCGGGUAUCAUACAAUAAUUCAGCGGCAUAGAACUAUGCGAAGCAAAAAAUCCCUCAAUCGAUCACUGUUUAACCUUAGGUUUGGGUCUUCUCAGCGGAUGUGCCUCGGUGUUGCUAAACUUGCAUUAGCUUGUGCGUGUUUGGAAUCUCACAUGUGACUUACAAGACGAAGUCGUCCAGGCUUAGUAGAUCCGGCUCGCUAAAAAUCAAGUAAAAAUACCUUGAACGCAUCAGCAGCCGCCAUAGGCUCAAAUCGG